UCACAUGUUUUGGAAGAUGGAAAAAUAGUUUGAGACUUAAAAUGCGUUGUUUAGUGAAUGUUUACACUUUGUUUGUGUGCGGAACCGGAAGGACUAAACACCGCAGGAGCAGCCGUUGAUGAGGUUUGGAGAACAUUUGAUGAAAUGAUGAAGAAGAACAGUUCAACCCAGCGUGGUCCAGAUGGACCCGGUUCACCUGGAUCCUUUCACCUGGUUCCGGACGAAGUGGCCCGGUACCAGGGCUCAGGUUCGGAACCCAGAACCUGGACAGAGUCAGACAGUGACUCUGGAGACAGUGUGUUCAUCACUCAGGGUCCAGGACCUGCGUCCCCCAUAGACCCGGACCACAACGGGGACGGACUUCAGGUUGGACUUCAGAGGACGAAGAGUCUGAGGAUCUGGAGGAGACCCAGAUACCGGGUCCCCAGGUACCGCUUCCCCUUCCUGAAGGACUGGAAACCGGGCUCCGGGACGGCAGUGACAGUCCAGCAGAACCUGGACCUCCUGUACACGUCCUUCAGAGGCUUUUUGAGAAGCGCCAAAGAAACGAGUGAAGGCGUGAGGACGGAAGACGAGAAACCCACAGAGGACGAGGACGCCGUGUCUCCGCUGUCAGAAGAAGAAGACAUGUCCACACAAGAGCAUGUCAAAGUGGUGGAAAAGAAACGUUUCGCCGUAGCCUUGAAACCGAAACGUCCACGACUGUGGUUCCACAAUGACAGCAGGAGCAGGAGCAGGAGGAGGAGCAGGAGGAGGAGGUGUUCAGAAGAAUCAUCUCCAGAUGAAGAAGUAAACAGACAAGACUGGUUAGAAAGUGAGGAGGAGGAGAGGAAGAGGAGGGGGGAGGAGGAGAGGAACGACGAAGAGCAUGGAGCUGAGCCUGAGGAAGACGCACCACCGAAGAAGAAGAAGAAGAAGGCCGCAGAAGUUGUAGACGCCACAGAUGCACCACUGACGAAGAACAAGAAGAAGAAGGCUGCAGAUGUUGCAGACGCACCACCAAAAAAGAAGAAGAAGGCUGCAGACGUUGCAGACUCCAUGUCAGGAAACAUUAAGAACAGCUGA